AUGUUAUUCACACGGUCAAGGCGAAGGGGCCCGGUGGUCAGAAAGUGGGGGUCUGAUGAGGUCAAGGCUGUUCUUCCUUUUAUUACCAAGCUGAGGCAAAAGAACACCCCUUGGAAAGAUAUUCAACGGAUAUGGCUCAAGAAGUUCGGCAUUCCAAGAACGGUAAAUGCGCUGCGCGGGCAAUGGUAUCGCGCUCAAUGGGGCUGGGUCCCCCAGGUUGGGAGCGAGAAAACGCCGCCGGCAGACGUCGAGACAAUGGCAGAAACAGAGUCCUCGGAUGAACUCCCACAAGCAACGUCCUGCAGCCCGCUGCAGCCCUCGCGAGCGCGACGGAAAUCCGUGUGGAGUGUCCCCUCGAGCCCUGAGCCGUCCCCCACACCUGAUUCGGAGGACGCCCAAGUACCUCUCGCCGGCGUGUCAACAUCACAGACCCUUCCGUCGACCACGGUCGAGCAGAGGGCAGCGCGGAA